CUUAAGACACCUGACUUGGUCUCUUCCUUCACUCGAAUUUCCACAUAGUAGAGGUGAUUAUUUCUUUGUCUUUGAAUAAUACUUUGCUGUGUCUUGAACAACAUUUGUUAUGAACUCCUCAAUCUCCUAAUGUCGAACAUAGCUCAUGUUGUCCAGGGAUCUGAAGGAGUGAUCAUUUUGCUGUUUUACAUUCGUUUUCUGUUGUUUUGAGAUUGCUGCAAUCAGAAAACUGAGAAAUACUAUUUCAAACUAGUCAUGGCUGGAGUUAACCAUUUCGAUGAAGAUGAUAAAAAAGAGCAACAUAAGACAUCAGACGUCACAGAAAUGUCGAGCAGUGAACAAAUCUCUGACAGCACCUGCAAGAAGACUAAAUCUGUUGAAAAAGUCCCAUACUACAAACUGUUCUCCUUUGCAGACCCCACAGAUUAUGCACUAAUGGUAGUUGGUGUAAUCACGGCUAUUGGAACUGGACUGAGCUUGCCUCUUAUGACUGUUUUAUUUGGAGAAUUAGCCAACUCUUUCGGACAGAAUGUGGACACUGGAAGAGUUGUUAAUGAAGUCUCCAAGGUAUCCGUUAAGUUUGUAUAUCUUGCCUUGGGGGCUGGGACUGCAGCAUUUUCCCAGGUGGCGUGCUGGAUGAUCACAGGUGAAAGGCAGGCUGUAAGGAUUAGAAACUUGUACCUGAGAGCUAUACUUAGGCAAGAUAUUGGAUAUUUUGACAAAGAGACGAACACUGGAGAAAUUGUCGAAAGGAUGUCUACUGACACGGUUAUAGUUCAAGAUGCUAUGGGCGAGAAGAUAGGAAAAUUUUUGCAGCUUUCAGCAUCGUUCCUUGGAGGUUUCGUGAUAGCUCUUAUCCAGGGAUGGCUUCUUACUCUGGUCUUGCUUUCUGCAAUCCCACUUCUCGUCAUCUCCGCUGCGUUCAUGACUGUCGUUAUGGCAAAGUUGACGUCACGGGGACACGCUGCUUACUCAGAAGCAGCCGUUGUGGUUGAACAAACAAUCAGCUCUAUCAGAACUGUAGCAUCAUUCACAGGGGAAAGGCAGGCCGUUGCUAAGUAUGAUAAGUCUCUGUAUAAAGCUUACAAAGCAGGUGUUCAUGAGGGAUUGGCUGCUGGGUUUGGUUCUGGUCUUUUCUUUUUGGUUCUUUUCUGCAGUUACGCCUUAGCGGUAUGGUUUGGUGCCAAAAUGAUUAUAACUAAAGGAUACACAGGAGGAGUUGUCCUGAACAUAGUAAUGGCUGUUCUUCAAGGAUCUUUUUCUUUAGGGCAGAUAUCUCCAUGUCUAAGUGCAUUUGCAGCUGGUCAGGUUGCUGCUUUUAAGCUCUUUCAGACAAUAUACAGAAAACCAGAUAUAGAUCCUUACAACACAGAUGGACGCGUCCUGAACAACAUCAAUGGGGAUGUAGAACUAAGAGACGUGCACUUUAGCUACCCGUCUAGACCAGACGAGCGAAUAUUUAAUGGAUUUUCUCUCAAGGUACCUAGUGGAACUACAUUAGCUUUGGUGGGAGAAAGCGGAAGUGGAAAGUCGACUGUUGUCAACCUUGUCGAGAGGUUUUAUGAUCCGCAAGCAGGUGAAGUUCUGAUUGAUGGUAUAAACAUCAAAGAGUUUCAGCUCAGGUGGAUUAGAGGAAAAAUAGGCCUAGUGAGCCAAGAGCCCGUUUUGUUUGCUUCAAGCAUCAAAGACAACAUUGCUUAUGGUAAAGAUGGUGCUUCCCUUGAAGAAAUUAAAGAAGCUGCAGAAUAUGCCAAUGCUGCAAAAUUCAUAGAUAAGCUGCCUCAGGGACUAGACACAAUGGUAGGCGUAAAUGGAAUUCAGCUGUCCGGGGGGCAAAAGCAGAGGAUAGCUAUAGCUAGAGCAAUUCUAAAGGAUCCGAAGAUUCUACUUCUCGAUGAGGCUACAAGUGCUCUUGAUGCAGAAUCGGAGAGAAUCGUGCAGGAGGCACUGGACAGGGUCAUGAUAGACAGAACAACCAUCAUUGUAGCUCAUCGGCUCAGCACAGUGAAGAAUGCCGAUGCUAUUGCAGUCAUUCAUCAAGGGAAGAUUGUGGAGAAAGGUUCACAUUGCGAACUAAUACUAAAUCCUGAAGGAGCAUACAGUCAGCUCAUAAGGUUGCAAGAGUUCAACAAAGAUGCAGCACAAGAUUUUGGUAUUGAUUUAGGUGGAGCAGAGAUCAAUGCAGAUUCUGGCAGGCAGUGGAGCCAGAGAAUCUCAUUCUUACGGUCCAUAAGCCGGGGGUCAUCUGAAGCAGGAAACAGUAGUCAUCAUUCAUUCUCAAUGCCGUCUGGUGUCCCUGCCCCAGUCAACCCGCUCGAGGCAGCAGAUGGAGAACCACAAACUGGAGUAUCAUCGAGAUCCAAGGAUGAGAUUAAAGGGUCAUUGUACCGCUUGGCUUACCUAAAUAAACCAGAGAUUCCAGAGUUAAUACUUGGUUCUUUGGCUGCAGUGGUCAAUGGUGCAAUAUUACCCCUUUUUGGUCUCCUAUAUUCCAGUGUAAUCAAAACGUUUUACGAGCCAGCUGAUGAGCUUCGCAAGGAUUCCAGAUUCUGGGCUUGUAUGUUUGUCGUUCUUGGCAUGGCAUCUCUUUUGGCAACUCCAAUGAGGACAUACUUCUUUUCUGUGGCAGGAUGUAAGCUGAUUAGACGGAUACGGUUGAUGUGCUUUGAUAAAGUGGUUCACAUGGAAAUAAGUUGGUUCGACAGAAUUGAGAACUCGAGCAGCUCAGUUGGUUCUCGACUUUCUGCAGAUGUGAAGUCCCUCAGAAAUCUAGUCGGAGAAUCACUUGCUUUGCUAGUUCAAAAUAUUGCCACAGCAGUUGCAGGCCUGAUCAUUGGUUUUGGAGCAAGCUGGGAGUUGUCCCUUAUUGUACUUGCCAUGCUACCUCUCAUUGGACUAAAUGGAUAUCUUCACAUGAAAUUCAUAACUGGUUUUAGUGCAGACUCAAAGAAACUUUAUGAAGAUGCAACUCAAGUUGCCAGUGAUGCCGUUGGCAGCAUUAGAACAGUUGCUUCUUUUUCUGCAGAAGAGAAGGUGAUGGAACUGCACCAAGAAAAAUGUGAAGGGCCAGUGAGAAUAGGAAUUAGACAUGGAUUACUCAGUGGAGCAGGAUUUGGAAUGUCCCUUUUCUUUCUAUAUUCCGUUUAUGCAGUUAGCUACUAUGCUGGGGCUCGUCUCAUUGAAGCAGGAAAGAUUACAUUUGGUGAAGUUUUUCGAGUUUUCCUAGGCCUCAGCAUGACAGCCAUCGGGAUAUCCCAGUCGGGAGCACUUGCACCAGACUCCGGCAAAGCCAAGGUCGGUGCUGCUUCUAUUUUCACACUUCUUGACCAGAAACCAGCGAUAGAUUCAGCUGAUGACUCAGGAACGACACUGGAAAACGUAAAGGGAGAUAUCGAGUUCCAGCAUGUCAGUUUCAGGUAUCCCAGUCGGCCUGAUGUUCAGAUUUUUAAAGAUUUGUGCUUGGCAAUUCAUUCGGGCAAGACAGUUGCAAUUGUUGGAGAAAGUGGGAGUGGAAAGUCCACAAUAAUUUCCUUGUUGCAACGGUUUUAUGAUCCGGAUUCAGGCCGGAUCACACUAGACGGUUUUGAGAUCCAGAAGCUGAAGUUGAAGUGGUUAAGGCAGCAGAUGGGACUGGUAAGCCAGGAGCCAGUACUGUUCAACGAUACAAUUCGUGCCAACAUUGCAUAUGGGAAGGAAGGGAAUGCCACAGAAGCAGAAAUCUUAGCUGCCGCAGAGUUGGCUAAUGCAAACAAAUUCAUCAGUAGUUUGCACAAGGGGUAUGACACGGUCGUUGGUGAAAGGGGGAUCCAGUUAUCCGGUGGGCAGAAGCAACGGGUUGCAAUCGCACGAGCCAUAGUGAAGGGUCCGCGGAUUUUGCUGCUUGACGAAGCCACCAGCGCCCUUGAUGCCGAGUCUGAGAAGGUGGUUCAAGAUGCGUUAGACCGAGCCGUGGUGGACAGGACCACCAUAGUGGUGGCUCAUAGGCUAUCCACAAUCAAGAACGCAGACUUGAUUGCUGUCAUUAAAAAUGGAGCCACUGCAGAGAAAGGAAAGCAUGAAACUUUGAUGAACAAGAAAGACGGCAUCUACGCCUCUUUAGUUGCACUUCAUGGUGCUCAUUCCUCUUCUUCUUAGGCCAUUAUUAGAGCUGUCUCCUUUUUCACUUACAUCUCCUUCUAAUGUAUCUCUUGCACAAAUUUCAGACACAUUUUCUUGGUGGGGUGGGUAUACAUCGACCCCCAUGUGAUAUUGACAUGUUUAAAAAAUUCUCUAAAAAAUAAA